AUGCCGACCUCCAGUCAAGCGCUACUGUUGAUGCAUACAGGACGAAAUGAUCUCACUUUGGACAAACCGGAGGUGGUACCAAAGAAAACUAGAAUAGGUUCUUGCUCCCAACGAGAACUCACACCAUGUCCAGUAUCACAUGUCGACAUCAACGAACUUUGGAAGUCGUCCAUCGUGGACAAUGGUGAACAGCUCAUUGUGGAAGACUUGACGAAUCUUGAAGAUGAAAAAGAAUCGUCGACAGUUUCGAGUGAGUUCAACAUAAAAGGAUAUAAAACUAUUUUAUCCUAUAAUAAGUCAUCUGGAUCAUUUGCAUGGAAGUUCAAUCAGUCUGAUCAAGCAGACAGCAAUGACACUCGGGAGCAAGAGACCACAGUUUUACCUGAACCUGCAAAAGUGCGACCAAAGACAGGCGUCGGAACAGAUAGAACACGAAACAGAACACAUGAAGCUACUUCCAGGCCAAAAACAGCUGAUGUGUCUGGCUCCAGACGCCAAUCUGUUACUUUCGCCAAACCUCUUUACUAUUCCUGCUCGAACAAAGGUGAUAAGCUUGUGUGUUUCGGCCUCCGAGUGCCUGGCCAAAAGGAAACUGAGAAAACUGAAAGCAAAUCCAUUCUCAAGUCCUCUUUUCAUCCUAAUCAAGGAUCAGAAUUAAAUCUAGAGACUGGCGGGGAUGGCGAAAUCAGGAUAAAGAUGAAAGGACUCAAAAGAAACGCUGUCACCACAAAAUCGUCUGGUUCCAAUGUUUCCAGCAAGACUGAUAAGGCGAUGAUCUCACAAAUGUGGAAAGAACAACAACAAAAAGAUUCUGUCGCCAAAAAAUGCAAAAAUGAGAAAAAUGAAAACGAGAGCUAUGCAGUAUCAUUUGCUAACCGAGUCCAUCCGUCUAUCUACAUGCGGAAAGAUCCCCCGAACGCUGGGUCAUUUGACGUCUGCUUCAGUUUGCGCCAUAAUGAUGCUGUGUCUCAUGAUCACCUGAGAAAUAUCAUACACCAACAGACUGGUGUCGUCCCUGUACAAAUGAGAUACGAGGUCUUGUCCAUUCGUGUAGGAGACUAUGGUAUUCGGAAUCGCUGGAUCGUCAAAACCGGAAGUCAAGAAGAUCGCGACCAGCUUAUUGAGAGCGGUUUAUUCAUAGACAAUGAUAAUAUUGUGGUGAUGUCAUUGGAAGAAAUUAUGCAGAGGGAGUUCCGAACAUACAAGUUUCUUACACAAACGAAAGCGGAACACACCGCAGCAAGGAUAGGAUGUAAUAUACGAAAUAAAAUACAAAUGAAAACGAAUAAAGUCAAAUAG